AUGUCCUUUUUCAUGGAUAUCUCGAUCAAGCACCUGAAUGAAUACCGCCCUUGCGAACCAUGGCGGCAAACUCUCAUGUUCUUCGCUCAAACAGUGCCAUCAGUGCGACAUGCUGCCAUUGCCCUGGCCUUAACUCACCGAAACUCUUAUCUGGUUUGUCCCUCGAACCAUCGAUUCCAGUAUCAAGCGCCUUCCUUGAAAGACCGACUACCGGAUCAAGCUCCUUUGCUUCACUAUACCCGCGCCAUCCAACUUCUGUUAAAUGCGGAGCAGCGUGACAGCGCCGAAACCACAGCGAUCACACUGUUGACAUGUUACCUCUUCACCUGUUUUGAUCAUCUGGUGGGCGACAACGUCCAAGCAGUCAAGAACUUGCGCGGGGGGGCGGCGCUCUCCCGCAGCAUCAUCAUCAACGCUACAUCGAACCGCUAUACCAAUGACGAUGCCCCAUUUUCAGGGAUCCACGCGAUUAUCAAUCAGGUUACCCAACAAAUCCGCCGCCUGGACAUGCAGGCUGUCAUGUUCCUGGUCGACUGGACUCCCGCCAACCUCCAAGAGACAUUCAAGAUGUCCCAUCUUGUCUUCUUCGACAACAGUCCCUUCCAGUCCCUCGACCAAGCCGCUGACUACCUCCAGAUCCUCGUCACUCAGGUAAUGCGCCUUCGCAACACCGGUCACCAGAUAUCCCCGACAGGUACGAUGCCACCGUUACCUUCUUGCCUCAACCACACCGUCCGCGGGCAGUUGAAAACAUGGUCGCGUCGCUUCGAAUUCUUCCUGCAGCUACCAGGCGGUAGCAGCAGCCCUUCUGCGCCAGCAUCUAACACCCAAGCGCUCAUAACACUCCUUCGCCUGCAAUAUACUAUCGCAUUGGUACUCCUCGAGGGAUCCGGACCCGGCCGAGAAAUGGACUAUGACAAGUUUCUGCCCCAAUUCCGGCAAUGCGUCGCACUUGCGGGUGAGGUCGCGGCGGCGCAUCACCGGUAUGUGGGGUCGUCGGCACGCGCGACAUUCACGCCGGAGAUCGGAUUCCUCCCCGUUCUUUACAUCGUCGGGGUCAAGUGCCGGCAUCCGGUGGUCCGCCGUCAAGUCCUCGAUAUUUUGCGACGGCAACCGAUGCGGGAGGCGGCGUGGGAUAGCAUCCUGACUGCUCGGAUAGUGGAGCGGGUCAUCGAGAUUGAAGAGAGUGGUAGUGGUGGUGUGGCUGAGCUAGAGCAAAUGGCACCACGGUGUAUGGAACAGAUUUCCAUAUGGCAGAGGAUCGAGGCAUUGUCUUAUACGUAUUUCCCACCGAAAGAAGAGCAAGAUCUACUCAGAGACCUUCUUUUUCUUCUUGAUGGAAAGCGCGCCCCGAUCACGUCGGAUACGGAGACCACCACGUCCUUCAGUUUUAGCGAUACGAGAGCUCAGGAGAUCAUCGAAAGAACUCGGGAGAGACAGAAGCAGUGGGAAGACCGAACAUAUCAAAUCAACAUCCAUGGGCACAAGGUCGUUCCUCGGGAGUACAGGCUCCGUGAGCAAUCCGUGAGUAUCUCAGAGCGCAGACAGAUCGUUCACGUGCUGCCCUCAUAA